AUGGCUAAUUUGACGUUGCACGCAGACAUCUACAGGACAGGACAAGGAAAGGUAUCGGAGGAAGAGUUGGUAAACGAGAUAACAGCAAAGUUCAAACCGGGGAUAUUCACCAUUAGGCACCACCACCGCCUACACGAUUACGGAUCGGCCGAGUACGAUGAACUCGACCUUCGCCGGGAGCAGCUUGCUGCGCCUGCUGAGCCUGUGGCGCUUGUGGCGCCUGUUGAGGCUGUUGAAGCGGUUGCGCCUGCUGAGCCUGUUGUAAAUAGAGGAAUAAAACGAUAG